AUGUCUCGUCGGGAAUAUUCGUGCUUCAUAUUGCGGUAUGACAUGGAUAGACGUUCUCAAAAAAAAACUAGAAUUGGAUAUAGCGGGAAGGAAUUACCUAGGACUCAGCAGGUAAUUCCGCCAUCAACCUCAUUUACAAGUAUUUGUGUGGCAGGUCAUUCCGCUACGCUUGUGAGGGCUAGGUCUAUGUUAAGAACAGGUCAUUCCGUUCCUGAUCUAACAACUUCCAUCGGCGCGGACGCAGGUCAUUCCGCUACACUUGUGAGGGCUAGGCCAGUGUUAAGAGCAGAUUGGUGCCUUCCUUUCAAUAAAAAUCUUCCUAAAGAAAUUGCAACUCAUUUUGUUGAUCUUUCAGUAAAAUGGUACAAUAAGAUAGCUGAAUUUUUGUGCUCUAUACCAGAUCUUCUUAAUAAAUCAAAUGACGUGUUCAUGGCUUAUAUCACAAGCCUUAAAUUAAUAUCAGAACAAGCAAUCACGCUAAUUGGAGUUUAUAAUUACUGCCAAGAUUUAAACAAGUUUGUAAAGGGCUCCAAUCAAAAAAAUACCUUUUUCGAAAAUGUUAAAAAAGCUCGAAGAUAUCUCCAGAAAGAAGAGUUUGCCAGAAGAGUAAAAGAUGAUGUGUUGGAAGUUUUUGAGGAAGUAUGUGAAAAUGUUAUGUUGAAACUGAGAGAGAUAGUUCAAAAACCUACUACACCUUUUCUACCGAAAAAAUGUGCACAUGUUACGCAAGAAGAAGAACUUGAUGUUACGAAUGAAGAUUUGAUGAAUUUAGUGACUGAUGCUUCUGAUAUUUUCGAAAAAGGAGACGAAGCAGUUGAUAGUUAUCUUGUGAAUAAAGAUGAUUACAAGACUAUAGAAAAAAACAGUGAAAUGGAGAAAAUAAUAUAUCAAUUGGGCAUGUCGGAAGGAUCUAAUAACCCAGAUCCAGACAAGAUUAGUGAAGAUAGGUGUAAAUUAUUGAAUGAGGGAGUCUUUGGUCUUAAUAAAUUUAUGUUGAGUACUGAGUUACCAAAAUGGAAAGUAUGUGAAAUACUGAAGAUUUUCUUAGCCCAAGUAUUUGCUAAUAAAAUUGAGAUUGGUCAGUUAAUAUUUAUUGGUCCUGAUUUAUACCUUUUUGCGCCAUUUACAAUCCCAGUCCUUACUAUUCCAACUUCUGAUAUCGAUCUAAAUCAUGUACCUAGACUCAUUAGAACACUUUUAUGUUUACAAUACAAUCUUGUUGAAAAGAUCAAAAGGUUUAUGGAGUUUAGAAAGGAAGGACAAGAAAACAUAGUGAAGUCCAAAUCUAAGUAUGCAACUGGAUUCAUACCAGAACGGCGAAAAGCUGUGACAUUUGCAGAAUUUCUGUCAAAAAUAUUGGAAAAAAGAAAGAAAGUGAACAGUAGGGAGAGAGAUCAUGGUAGGGGCCAUGGUAGGGGAAUACAGGAUCCUGCAUGA